CCUUUAAUUUUCAACAUGGCUACCACUUUGAGACAAAUUCCGUUGAGUUGCAGCGGCCACACGAGGCCUGUUGUUCAUUUAGAUUUCAGCGGAAUCACACCAGAUGGGUACUUCCUAAUCAGUGCUUGCAAAGAUGGAAAGCCAAUGCUUCGUCAAGGCGAGACUGGUGACUGGGUCGGAACAUUCGAUGGUCACAAGGGGGCAGUCUGGGGAGCAACAUUAAAUUUUGAGGCAUCGAAGGCUGCAACUGGUGCUGCAGACUUUACUGCGAAAGUUUGGGAUCCAAUUACGGGAGAUGAACUUCACAGCUUUGCGCAUAAACACAUCGUCAAGUCAGUUCAGUUCUCAAAGAACAGCGAUCGUCUGCUGACUGGUAGCAACGAAAAGAAACUAAAGAUGUUUGACCUGGUCAACGUAGAUGCUGAACCCGUUGAGAUCAGCGCACACACAUCCAACAUCCGCUGUGCUAUGUGGUGUUCCAAUGAUAAACACUUAAUCAGUGCAUCGGAUGACAAGACCAUCUGUAUUUGGGAUGUUGCCAGCAAAACAGAAAUCAAGAAAAUCACCAUGGAUACAGGAACCAUCAAUGUGGACAUCUCCAAAGAUGGUGAUAUAAUGAUAGUUUCCCAUGGCAACAAAGUUAGCUUCUACGACACGGAAAGAUACGACAUCAUUAAGACCUUUGAAGCUCCAUGUACCAUGAACUCGGCUUCACUGCAUCCUGAUAAAACAUGCUUCAUAGCAGGAGGAGAAGAUCUUAAGAUUUAUAAGUUUGAUUACUCCACUGGAACAGAACUAGAGUCAUACAAAGGCCAUUUUGGACCAAUCCACUGUGUGCGUUUCUCGCCUGAUGGAGAGCUCUACGCAAGCGGCUCAGAAGACGGCACACUUAGACUCUGGCAGACAACGUUAGGAAAGACCUACGGGCUCUGGAAAUGCGUUGAACCCGACGAAGCUGGGUUGGAUAACUGCUCGAUGUCAGAGGUCACGGCACCACAAGUUAUAAAAGUUGAAUUAUGAUGGGAAUAAGGAAAAUGUGUGUAGUGUAAAGAUCAGCUGAUGCAACAUUAGGUUUGGGGGGGUUACGUAUGGCUUAAUGGAAGGUCAAAGGCCGUAUGUCAGUCCACUAGCCAUGUUCAAGUUUGAUAGGAAGCUGUGAUCAACUAUUUCUGAAAGUGAGGAAGCAUUUACCUACUGCACUUAUAUACGAUACCCACAGUGGAUAGAAGAGGCAUAUCGUGGCCGAGUGGUUUAGUGCAUCGGACUCAAAUUCUGGUUGGUGAGGCAUCAGGAUGAGGGUGUAAAUCCUGAUCAUGACACUUGUUUCCCUGAGAAAGACGCUUAGUUACGUGUAUAACUGCUUCUCCUCACCCGUGGUAAAUGCGUACCUGUGAGGACAGAGAUUGUUCUUGUGAUUGAUAAAGCUUCUAGUGUGCCACAUACUUGGCAGCACUGAGAGGGUUUAGGAAAUGAAAUAUGUGGCCAUGUGACCAGGGGUUAUAAUGAUUUAAGCGAAGCGGUCAUUCUUUGGUAUUGCACUAUAUAAGAGUCAAUAUUAUUAUUACUAUAGACAUCCCAAAAUAUCCCUCCGUUUUGUUAAGUGUGACCUCACAACCGUGUGGGUACUUGACCUUUGAAACUUGUAAGUAAGCCACACCCUCAAGACCUAAGCUGUACUGAGGAAACUCUGUGAUACUGACUUACAGUACUAUUCAGUGUUCACAUAGUUCUAUCAUUGAGAUGUUGUGUGUUGUAAUACCACAUUGUUGUUCAUUAUGUUUGGGAAUAGCAUGAGGCUGUAUGCAAGUAAUGCAGGCCUCGAAAGAACCACAGCACCCACAGCAAUGGCCCUGUGCUUUUGCCGUGGUGCCUUUUGCAAAGGUCCAAUACAAGUUUACAUUUUUCUCAGGGUAGAAGUGCCCCUUACCAGAGGAAAACUGCUGUGCCCCUUCAAGAACGAAAUUCAAGGCCACAUGACCUUUUCUAACGCAUCCUCCUCUGCAGUUUGCUUGUAGUUUAUUCUAAUGUGUUGUUUUGUGCAUUAAAGAUUCUAAACAACAACACUUGGGAGACACUGGACACUAUUGGUAAUUGUCAAAAUCCAGUCUUAUCUCUUGGUGUAUCUCAACAUAUGCAUAAAAUAACAAA